AUGCGCAACGGUCAUACGGUAGCGCGGAGCAAGAUAAGCAAUGCUGGAGAAGUGGCCCUCGGCACCUAUCAAGAUCCCUACAACAAAGAGGAAUUGGAACAUACACUCAAAGGCCGUGAACUGUACCUAUUCGUCAUUUUCUACACGGUGGCCGUGGUGCUGAUCGUGCUAAUGUUCGAGAUGUGCAUGCCGGUGCUUUUCAACCCAGAAUACCCGAAUCAUAGC